AUGAGAAGAAAAGGAGCAUCAGAGAAGUAUGUGAGAGUGAUCCAGGACAUGUACGAAGGCUCAAGGACGAGGGUAAGGAGCAGUGUGGGAGCAACAGAGGAGUUCUGUGUGAGAGUGGGCCUGCACCAGGGAUCUUCUCUGAGCCCAUAUCUGUUCAACCUACUCAUGGAUGACAGUAUUCAAAAUAUAAAGGAGGAGGCACCGUGGACUAUGUUGUUCGCGGAUGACAUCGUCUUGGUGGAUGAAAGUAGAGAUGGUGUGGAGAGAAAGUUGGAGAGAUGGCGACGAGCAUUGGAGGAGAGAGCGGACGGCAACCUGGAUGGAGAGAUCAUUCACCGUAUCCAAUCGGGCUGGAAGAAUUGGAAAAGAACAACUGGAGUGCUCUGUGACCGAAAAAUUAGUGCAAGAGACAAACCACAUAGUUCAGUCAUAAAGGCACUACAGUGUUUCUUUACCAACUGUAUCCAGCCGAGAUACCUUCACUGCCACGUGGGUGAACUUGGUCCCGAACCACCUUUGACCCUGCCUUCCUUGCCAAGAUCCCACACUUCCUUCUACUGGACUCUGCUGACCUUUGAAGAACCGCACAUGCAUGACCUGGAGGCUUGA